AUGUACAUUCCCAGGCAGAGAGCCUAUCUGCUGGGCAGACACAGACACAUUGCUGAUAUUCCUACUGACCAUCCCUCCUGUUCCAAACAGCAUGCUGUCUUUCAGUACCGGCUUGUGGAGUAUAUUGGCCCUGAUGGCAAAACAGGUCAGAAGGUAAAACCCUACAUCAUUGAUCCUGGCUCAGGCAAUGGUACGUUUCUGAACAACCAGUGCAUUGAACCUCAGCGCUACUAUGAGCUGAAAGAGAAAGAUGUCCUGAAAUUUGGGUUCAGCAUCAGGGAGUAUGUCCUCCUACUUGAAUCGUCGGACGCAUCAGAGGUGGACCAGAAGGAGGAGGAGGAAGAGGAGGAAGAAUGGACAUGGCAAUAG